AGAAAUUCCUCAAAUAUUCAUGCGAAACAAUUCUUCGAAUGCUACUAUUGAAGAAGGCGGCAGGGCCGGCUGCGCUGGGCCGCGUGUGUGCUGUAGCUGCAGCAGACAAGACUACAAUACAACUGAUAGGGGCCAUGCAUAAGAUUAAGCCUGUUAAGAUAGGUAUUGUGGGUGGUACUGGUCUGGAUAACCCUGACAUCUUGGAAGGAAAGCGUGUGAAAUCAGUCGACACUGCUUUUGGCAAGCCAUCGGAUGUUCUUGUAGAGGGGACCAUAGCUGGUGUGGAUUGUGUGUUGCUAGCAAGGCACGGCCGUCAACACACGAUUUUGCCCAGUAAUGUCAACUACAGAGCAAACGUGCUGGCUCUCAAAAAUGAAGGCUGCACACACAUGGUUGUUACGACGGCGUGCGGAUCACUCAAAGACGAGAUCCAGCCGACAGAUUUCCUGAUACUGGACCAGUUUUUAGACAGAACUCAUAAGAGAGAUCAGACAUUUUAUGAUGGUGCCCACUCAGAAUACAAAGGCAUAUGUCAUCUUCCACUGGACACGCCUUUCUGCACAAGGACAAGCAAAAUUUUGUAUGAUGCGGCCAAGGAUUGCGGUGUGCGCUGUCACCCCUCGGGCACCGUUAUGACAAUCGAGGGGCCUAGGUUCUCAUCAAGGGCCGAGAGCAAGCUGUGGAAGUUGUGGGGUGCUGACGUUAUCAACAUGACCACUGUCCCAGAGGUUGUGCUUGCAAAAGAAGCAGGGAUGUGCUAUGCUGCUAUUGCCAUGGCAACUGAUUACGAUAGCUGGAAGGAGAACGAAGAGCCUGUCUCGGUUAAGCUUGUGAUGGAGACGGUCAAGGCAAACAACGUUAAUUCCAUUAAGGUUCUAACCCGCGCCAUUCCGCUCAUUGCCGCUGAGAACUGGGAUACCACGCUGAAGGAAAACGCGGACCUGGUAACAUCAUCAAUAAUCUGAAAGACUCAAUGGAUCAGAGAAUAAGAGGAAACCAUUGGAGUACACAUGUCAUACACAGCUUCAGAACUAACUAGUUAACAUGCAUAUAUAGAGAUCAGGUUUAAUUAAUAUACAAAUGACGCAUAUAUAUAAUGCAUGAGCAUUUGUUUCUUUGCUCACGGUAUGUGGUUACGAUACAAGUGGAAUGAUGAAUAUCUGAUGUAAUGUAAAAUGCAAGCUAGCGAGUAUAAAGGUAUAGUUUUUAGAAUGAAUUUUUCGACACUCGUUUAUACAUGAGUAUAUGUUCAUGCUGUAAGGUAUUCCUGCUAGGCAGAGGACCACUGCAUGGUAUUCCUGGCGAAUGCAGUGAGCUUUAGCUGUUAUAUUUGGUGGUUAUCUACAGCUCUUUUUUAUGACAUCGAAGUUACCAUGGCAUAGACAAAAUUUGAUAUUGAAUAUUUGUGAUAAUACGUGCACUUAUUCACUCGUGAUAUUUUGACGUUUAUUUGCGUAAAAGUUUUAGAGAUAUAAUACAACGUGAUGUGAUAUAACAUGAUCUAA